AUGGCAGACUCCGAGUCCGAGGAUGAUGAGUCCAAGCAAGCUGGAGCGAUCAACAUCGCUGCCGACAGUGCAGACAUAGACACGGCAGACAAGGAGGCCGCUAACGCGACGGGGGAGGUCAAAGAGGUGGAAGAAAAGGUGGAGACUGCCACGAAGAAGGAGGAGUUGGAUGACAAGCAAGGUGGAGGCAAGCCGUCUUACACUCUUCAUAUUCGGGGUCUCACGACUGGCGUAGAUCUCGACGAGCUCAAGGUCCGGUUGGAACGCUUUGGGGAGGUUGUGGACCUUCAGCAAGAUGACGGCACUGUGGUGGCGAAGUUUUCGAAAACCAGUGAGGCCUAUGAGGCCCAGCAGAAACUGACGCUUGGUCCGGACGUUCUUAUAGAGUUCGGCCCGCAAGAUGCAGACCAUUACAACCGGGCCAAGAAACGCGGCCGCCGGCAAGACGCCGAAGAUGGGGCUGGCGCUGGCAACAACAAAGGACGUGGCCUCCGAGCAUUUCAGUCGGAGAAGGAUGAGGGACUCAUCCCCAAGAAGAAGACGGAAGAUGAGGCGGUUGAGGCUGCACCUGCCAAAAAGGCACGUGGCCAACAACCAGAUUCAGUCAGCAAGCUAACUCCUCCGUCAAAGCCAAUUUCCAGAUGGUCAGACAGAUUAAGCUUCGAAGAGCAGCUGGAAGAUUUCAUGAAAAUGCCCCGUCGGGGCAUGUAUAAUCGAUACCUCGUUCUUGGAAAGCUCCCACCAGAGCUGCGGACAGGUGAAAACAUUUGGAGACUGAUGCAACCUGUUCAGAAGGACAUCGUGCAGGUGGAGAUGCUGACGUGCUUCGGCAAGCCGGUGGCGCAUGUGACUUUGCGCAGCGCUACCGCAGCCGCAGCCAUGCAUCGCCUGUGCGAGCAGAAUCACAAGAAUCUGACGGUUGCCUUUGCACCGCCUCGAAAGGCCACGACCACGUUGUGGCUCGGAAACGUGGACGACUUCGUACCUCGAAAGUCGCUCGAAAGUGUCCUGGCCUCGUAUGGCAAAGUCUUACACGGCUUGCGAUACCUUCCAGCUCGCACAUGUGCCUUCGCUACAUUCGGCGAGGUGAGUGGCUCGAUCGCCGCCAGGAAUAGCCUGUACGGCUUGGAGGUGCAGAAGAAUCAGUACCUGAAUAUCGACUUCGUUGAUGACGUAGAUGCUCAAGCUGCCCCACCGGAUGCUUGGGGCAUGUGGGGUGGAGGCGCGCCAGCUUGGCCACCGCCACCCUGGGGUAUGCCCGGCAUGCCGCCUUGGGGCCAUCGCCCACCGUGGGCACCGCCCCCUGGCAUAGCCCCCUGGGGCAUGCCAGGUGGACCGGGCAUGCCCCCAAUGCAUGCUGGUCCAAACUGGCGUCCUCCUCGGGAUUCCGACCACUGGCGAAACUCUGACGCUGUGCCAGGAGCACGUCUAGUUGAGCGUUCCAAAAAAGGACGUGCGCGCCAAGACUCAGCCUCGCGAAGUCCGCGAGAGGGCAAGAAGAAGGACAAACAAGGCUCCAAAGGCGAAGAGCCAGAGCACAACACCAAGUUCAAAGUGAAGCUCUACAAGAUGGGUGAGUUCUGCUGCAACAUUGUAGCCAACUUUGUCAAAGGCAAAGAGAGUCCGGAGUCUUUGACAAACAAGCUGCAGAUUGACCAGCGCACGAAGAUCGACCACUGUCGAGCGCACAUGGACCGAGCUGGGGCUCUUUCGACAGUCUGGCAUUUCUCCGCUGCUGACAGGCGUGACUGUGCAGCGUAUGAUGCUCUUUGCGAUUAUUUUGUCGAGAAGCAACGUGUAGGACUGGUACAGACUCCAAGCUACUACAUUUAUAUUGUUCCUCCUACGGAGAAGUAUUUGAAAGAGUUGAGCCUUCCGGCCUCUAAUUUCGUUGUGGGGCUGCAAAUCCCAAUCAAAAAGUAG